AUGGGGGUGGGGGGCGCAGACCGAGGCGGGAACGUUCCGGAACCCGGGUGCGCGGCCGAGGGCGGAGAGAACGCCUGCUGCGGCCGAGAUCCCGCGCGGAGAACCGUGGCGGCGGAGCAGGCCCCUCGCGCCGAGGAGCCGCGGGCUGGGGGCGCGCGCAAGGACCAGCCCGCACCGCAGCGCACGCGCACUCGGGGGCGCAGGCUUGCCCGCCGCCCCGGAGAAGACGGAAGGCAUGGAAAGUUCCAGCUGGUUCGAGAACUGUACGUAGCCAGCGCGGCGGCGGCGGCGGCAGCGGCAGGGUCGGACGAAGGGGGCGUGCUGCUGCCGCUGGCGGUUCCCGGCCGAAACCGGGGGGCCUCCCGCUCGCACCACCUGCCCGGCCAGGGGGGCGGACUCGGCCGAGGCGGCGCGCCGCGGGGAGCGGGACCGCGGAGGGGGCGCGGCGCGGCCGCCUUAAGGAGGGGGCGUGGCUUGGCGCGCGGGGGCGUGGCUGGCGGAGGGGCGUGGCGGGCCGUCUGCGCAGCUGCCAGAGCCUUUAAGCCCGGGCUCGCGCGGCCGGAGUGUGCUUUCGUCGCCCGGGAGCCUUCCGGCCCAGCCGCCCGUCCGCUCCCCGCGGUCCCCGCCCUCCCGCGUCCCGGGAACCGGCUCGGUUCGGAGCCGCGCGCUGUGCGUCCGGGCAUGCCCCGCUACGAGCUGGCUUUGAUCCUGAAAGCCAUGCAGCGGCCAGAGACCGCUGCUGCUUUGAAGCGUACACUGGAGACCCUGAUGGACAGAGGGGCCGUGGUGAGGAACCUGGAGAACCUGGGCGAGCGUGCGCUUCCUUUUAAGAUCUCCGCCCACAGUCAGAAGCACACCAGGGGAGGGUAUUUCUUGGUGGAUUUUUAUGCACCGACAACAACUGUUGAAGGCAUGAUGGAGCAUUUGUCUCGAGACAUUGAUGUGAUUAGACCAAAUAUUAUAAAACACCCUCUGACCCGGGAAGUGAAAGAGUGCAAAGGAAUCGUCCCGGUCCCACUUGAAGAAAAGCUCUAUUCCACCAAGAAGAGGAAGUGAGAAGAUUCACCAGAUUUUAGCCUUCUGUUUAAUUCUCUCACUUUUGAGCACCAUGGAUUAAUCAAUUACAAGCUCUAUCUUUAUGUAAGAGGGUGCGAUUGGUGCCAUUUGAUUUUUCUAAGGUAUUUUUAGUUCUUGAUCCUCUUUGCUAUGAGAAGUCGGGGAAUGGCUUCCUUAGAGCCACUUUGUGAUGUACGGCACCAGCACGUCCUCCUCGAUUUCAUUUCACGAUUAUAAUUUGUCAGUGAGGACUUUUUGCCCAACAACAACACUAACACCAUUUUGAAGAACAAAGCUUAUAAAAACUACCUUGGAUUGCAUGCUAGUCAUUCAGACUGUAUACAACCAUGCACAAUAAAAUUUUAAGACCUUCGUAUUAUA